GUAAACCACACCGUCCUGGAUCAGCCCUGGAGGAGCACGGAUUGUUCCAACACUGAGUGUACCGGUGGACAAUGGAUGGAUGAUGGAAAUCUUGAACUGGGAUGGUACAGAUUUAACAGUUCUGGAGGAUGGAAGAUUCCCGAGACGGUCGUUCCACAGUAUCGCUGCUCCGGGAAGUACCCAGGCUGGUUAAACGGUCCCCAUCCCAACGUGGGAGAGGGGGAGGUGAGCAGGACCGUCUGCUUCGCUUCUAGUGGAUCCACCUGUCACUGGAGACUUUGGAUCAAUAUGAAGAACUGCUCCGGUUACUUUGUGUAUCGGCUGUGGCCGACAGCCUGGAGUAACGCUGUGUUCUGUACAGAACCUCUGUCGGACACAACUCAGGAACGCCAGGGAUCGGUGACCGGAGAGCCUGGUCCAGGGUUGACCACCAGCCCAGCAGGGUCUGUGAGCUCAGUCACAGAUGCCGCACUCGGUGAUCCGUGUGGAACCCGCACCAUCCUGGAUCAGCCCUGGAGGAGCACGGAUUGUUCCCACACUGAGUGUACCGGUGGACAAUGGAUGAGUGAUGGACAUCUUGAAGUGGGAUGGUACAGAUUUAACAGUUCCGGAGGAUGGAAGAUUCCCGAGACGGUCGUACCACAGUAUCGCUGCUCCGGGGUGUACCCAGGCUGGUUAAAUGGUCCCCAUCCCAGCGUGGGAGAGGGGGAGGUGACCAGGACCGUCUGCUUCACUGUGAGUGAAAACACCUGUUACUGGAGACGGGAGAUCGGGUUGAAAAACUGCUCCGGUUACUUUGUGUAUCGGCUGUGGCCGACACCCGUGGGUACCGCUGUGUACUGUACAGACCUGGAGUUUUCAACACUGGAACAGUCUACAGGAUUGACUACUACAGAGCACACCCAGGAACUGUCCUCUGUCCCAGCGGGAGACAUAUCCUCAGACCUGGAGGCUUCCACAAUGGAUCAAUCCAAUGGAUCAUUUACAGGUCAACCCACCGCAACACCAUCCUCUGUCUCACCGGGAGAGAGAUCCUCAGGAGUUCGCAUGUGGAUUAACGUGCAGCUGACAUCGAGUGGAAACGUGAGUGAGGAUGAAGUGUGGAAAGCCAUUCGACGAAAGCUCCAGGAGAUGUUCGGUGAUCCAAAUCUUCAGAUCAAGCUUGCACGGUUCAGGGCAGAACCUUCAGAGGAGUGAAGGAGUGAUCUGUCAAUGAGUGAAGGAGUCUGCAGUUCCAUCUCCC